AACACACCUAACUCCUCCAUAAACCCUAGACUGACUUAUCAUCCAUCGCCCUCUUCCUUCUCCUCCUUCGCGCGCUUGUUCUCUUCGAGGGGGGCUCUUCGCCCUCUCUUCGAAUUCAUCUGCCCCUCGGCCCUCCGUCUCUUCAAUCUUCAUACUUCCCCUGCUGCUGCUGCUGCUGCUGCUCUCCUCUCCAUUUUGGCUUGCUGCAGGAUAUUUUCGAGAUGAGUAGUUCUUACAUCCUUCCUUAUCUGGUUGAGGAAUGCCAAUUUUCUGAAGGCCUUGGUCGAUUUUGAAGAAUUAAUUAUCUAUCUCUCUUCGAGUCUUGAAUUUUGGAAUUAAUUAUUUUGGGUCAAAAUGAUUGCCACUGAAACCAUUGUACCGAGCAAAAAGCUGAAAAUUAAAUUUGGUGGUAAACGAGUAGAAGAUCAUCCGGGUUCACAAUCUUGUGAAUUUGGAAAGCUUGUAGGCCAGAAAUUGUCUUUUAUGGGUAGGAACGGGUUGAAGGUGGAUGGCAGUGGCAGAUUCAAAUACUCGUUGAAUGCUUUCAGUAAUGGUAAGACCCUUACUGCUGCCUGUUGCAAGUCUAAAUCUUCUAUCACAAUCACUGAUAAGCGCAGAGCAACUGACGAUAUAGAAUCUCCAAGAGAGAAGAAGCAGAAGUUGGACCGGGGUACUACACAACAAUGCUCUUCAAUUUUGAAAACGCUUAUGACCCAUCGAUUUGGUUGGGUUUUUAACCAGCCCGUGGACCCUGUGGCAUUGAAAAUUCCUGACUACUUCUCAAUCAUCACUGAUCCUAUGGAUUUGGGAACUGUUAAAUCCAAACUGGAGAGAAAUUUGUAUCAGGAAAGUGAAGAAUUUGCAGCUGAUAUUAGACUGACAUUUUCUAAUGCCAUGUUUUACAAUCCUCCUGGUAACGAUGUUCAUAAGAUGGCAAAGGAGCUUCUCGAAAAUUUUGAGAAGAAGUGGAGAUUGCCAAAGGAAAAAUGGGUUAGUGGAAAAUCAAACUUUCAGCGAGAAAAACUUUCCAAUGGACCACCAGGAGAGAAGAUCUCCCGAACUCCAUCAUCUCACAGUUCUUUAUUGAAUAAGAAGUCAACAGGAUCUGAAGAGAAUGUUAAUAAGGUGCCUUCAAAUGUAAAUGGUGCUGAGGUUGAUCGUGCUAUUCCAACUUGUGCACCCAAGCCUCCCAGGAAGAACUUCCAUACAGGCACAGAAACUGGCAGUAACGAUGCUUCUAGCUCCUUUGAUAAACAAACACCGAGACAUAAGUGUUCGGGAUGUGGUACCAUCAUGCCAUGUCACUGCAUUUCUUCUUCCAAUUUAGACCCUGUAUCCUCUGGUGAUCAAUCUGAUGAGAGACUAUCAACAGGAGAACCUUCCUCUGAUCAAUCUUUGGCUUGCGGGGCAAAUUCUAUUCCCGAAGUGUGCUCUACCCCAGUUUUUGAUGUACAACUUUCACCAAAAAAGGCUCUUCGUGCUGCAAUGCUGAAAAGUCGCUUUGCUGAAACUAUUUUGAAAGCACAACAGAAGACACUUCUUGAUCUUGGCGAUAAAGUUGAUCAACUGAAGAUUCAACAAGAAAAGGAGAGAUUAGAAAGGAGGCAACGUGAAGAGAGAGAACGUAUAGAAGCACAAAUAAAGGCUGCUGACAUGGCCUUGCGAUUGAAAGCAGAGGCUGAGAAGAAACAGCAGCGAGAAAGAGACAGAGAAGCUGCCCGCAUUGCUCUUCAGAAGAUCGAAAGAACCGUUGAUCUGGACCAAAAUCUUGAGAUUCUAAAGGAGCUGGAAAGGCUCUGUGGAGGAUUCUUAUUCAUCCAACAUCACCGUGCAAUGGUGACGAGGUCAUUAGACGACUGCCAGUUGGAAAAUCCAUUAGAACGACUUGGCUUGUUUAUCAAAGAUGAAUUCCUGGAUGAUGAUGAAGAAACCAUCUACAGUGUAAACGGGAAAGAGGGGGAAAUUUUUUCCAGAAGUUGAGUGAGAGGGGAUUCCGCAUAUUUGUUUUGUUUUAUUGAGCUCCGAGUAUUUAGACUGCUUGGCCCAACUGGGUGGGAAAGCAGUAUAUUUGUAAAUGGUAUUCAUAUUUGAUUGGGUUUAGGAUUUAGGACUUUCGGAUACUAUAUAGCUGUUUAGGGUAGAGGUAAUGUAUAGCCCAAAGUUCUAUGGAUGGGAAACAGAAAAAGGAAAAAAAAUGAAUAAAAAAAUGAAAGUUGCAACUUGUAGUCGGAUGGGAUUUGACAUUUUAUAGGACACGCUAAUUUUGGUCUGCCUUUGUGGUGGUUGUAUUGUGCUUGGUCUUUUUUUAUUCAAUGCAUAGUCAUAUAAUUUACCAUUCAGAGUGUAGACAAACAAGGAUUACAACACAGUUAUAACAAUAGAAGGAACAUUGGAACA